GGGACCGCAAAGCAAUGUGCCGGAGCGUGAUUCAUAUGCCGCUGACGUCAAAACCGUCAAUGCAAUUCAGAAAUGGAAACAGGUCUCGCGGAAGGAUGAGUAUGACCGUCGUAAGCACGUCGACCGGCGAAGCGAUACAGGUGAUUCCGAUAGGCGUAAACGUACUUGGGAUUCCAGGCAAUUAAACCGGAGUUGCCAGAAGUGUGGCAAAGUCCAUGGCCCGAGAGAAUGCAAAGCUUUUCGUGCGAAGUGUUAUAACUGCGGCAAAUUGAAUCAUUUCGCGGAGUUUUGUUUUUCCUCGAGGCAGGGAACAACAAAUGCGCGACGUCAUCGAAACUCGGGCACCAGUGACGAUUUUAAAACCGAAGCUGGAAUUAUUAAUCAGCUGAUCACAGGGGAGACAAAGACUAUGUCAGGACUAGAUGAUCAAAGAUUUGUCUACUGUACCAUUGGGACCCAGCGCAUCAAGUUCUUAGUGGACUCAGGUGCCACUGUUAAUACAGUUACAUGCGAUGACUGGAACCUAAUCAGACAGAAUUGCCGAACAGUGAUACAGGACAUCGUGGUGCAUCCAGAAGAGAUUCUCAAAAGUUAUGCGAAUCACAAUCCCUUGGAAGUGGAAUGUUCAUUUUGUGCGUAUGUUGGUGUUUUGAAUAGUGUUCAACCGACGCACAAGGCAAAAUUUUUUGUCGUGAAGGGUACGCAGUUAUCGCUUCUAGGAUAUGAAUCGGCGGUAUCCCUAAACCUUAUACGCAUAGGACACGACUUGAGCAAACAAAGGUAGGAUCUUUAUUUAUUUAGCGCAUGUAGUUUAAACCAGAAUAGAAAAAGACAUUUUUUUUCCUCUGUGUGAUAGGAUGAUAAAUUCGAUCGACCUACAUGAUACUGCUUCAGGCGCUCCAACAGAGUUUCCAAAAAUCCCUGGAGCGGGUGUGCGAUUCAGGAUUGAUGAAUCCGUUACGCCCAAACAGAUCAUACGAUACAGUAUCCCAAAAGCUUUUGAGACAGCAACGAAUUUACGGAUGAGAUCGAUGGAAAUGAACGGGAUCAUAGAAAGGGCUGAUAAAGAACAUGAUGUUAUUUCAUAUGUUUCCCCACUGGUGCUUGUUCCAAAGGGAAAUAAUGAUUUCCGAAUUGUGGUGGACUAUCGAGAAGUUAAUAAGGCGAUCAUACGUGAACCUUAUCCGAUGCCGUCUCUUGAAAAGAUCUGGGCAGAUAUUCCAUGUGGGAAAGGUACGUUGUUCUUCACUAAGCUUGAUCUAAAAGAUGCGUAUUUCCAUGUAGAGCUUCAGGAAGACGUGCGUCAUUAUACCACAUUCAUGACCGCAAAUGGCCUGAUGCGGUUCAAGCGGCUACCGUUCGGGCUUUCCUGUGCCCCAGAGUUAUUCCAGCGCGUAAUGGAGCGGCUGUUGAUCGGCUGCAAGAAUAUCAUCGUCUAUCUUGAUGAUAUAUUAAUCUUUGCGCUAACUAUGGAGGAACUGGAAAUACUCGUUGCAAAAGUCAAAGAGAUUUUGAAGAGCAACAAUCUGACCAUCAAUGAAAACAAGUCUGUGUAUAAUCAAACAUCCGUGGAAUUUUUGGGUUUUGAUAUCGAUGGAUCUGGAAUACUGCCGAUGAACAACAAAAUAUCAGACAUCAAGGGUUUCAAGCGCCCUAAAGACACCUCUGAACUGCGUAGCUUCUUGGGAAUGCUAACAUUCAUAAGCCCGUUCAUUUUGAAUUUUUCCCACAAAACCAAACCGUUACGCGAUCUGUUGAAGUCCAAGUGUAGAUUCGAAUGGAGUGAAGCACACCAGACGGCUUUUGAGGAUCUGAAAAGUGCAGCUGAGACCGACCUGAUCAAGAGGGGUUAUUUCGAUGAAAAGGACAAGACGAUACUCUACACCGACGCGUCUCCAUGGGGCCUUGGAGCCGUCCUCGUCCAAGAGAAUAAUUCCGGGGAACACCGAAUAAUCGCGUGCGCAUCUAAGAGUUUGACCAGUGCCGAAUGUCGAUAUCCUCAACUGCAUCGGGAAGCGUUGGCCAUCGUAUGGGCGAUGGAACGAUUCGUUUACUAUCUUCUGGGUCGCCAGUUUGUCCUACGUUCUGACAGUGAGGCCCUGAUGUUCAUGAUGAAGGGUAAGAACCGGAAAGAUGUCGGAAAAAGGAUAAUGUCUAGAGCGGAAGGUUGGUUACUGCGGACUGAUCAUUUCUGGUUCGAUUUUGAGCAUGUGGCAGGUAUUAGUAAUAUAGCUGACGCCGCUUCAAGAAUUGCAGUUCGUCGAGAUGAUCCACAUUUUGGAAAGGAGAAGGAAUCACAUGAAUUGUGCUGCGUUAUUGCAAAUCCAGAUACCCUAAGUAGUCAACUUUUGGCUUUGACUAACAAGCAGGUUGGUGAUGAAACGACCAAGAACAAAGAGCUGCAAGCUGUGGUAUCAUGCAUAGGCAAAAGUGAGCGAUGGCCGGUGGAGAUUUCGAAGUAUCAGGCGUUCCAGAGCAACUUGUACACUCAAGGAGAUAUUGUAAUGAAAGACGAAAAAAUGGUUCUUCCAGCGAAACUUCGAGAAAGAGCGCUGCGUUUAGCUCACCGAAGUCACCCCGGAAUGUCCACAAUGAAAAACAUUUUGCGUCAAGGCUUAUGGUGGCCUGGCAUGGAUCGGGAGAUUGAAAAUUUCGUUAAAAGCUGCCCAGAGUGCCAAAUGGUUACUGUAUAUAAUCGACCACCUCCGAUAACAAUGACUGAGCUUCCUAACAACGUUUGGGACUACGUUUCAAUGGAUUUUUCAACUGCAUCCGAUUUGCAUAACUGGAAGGCAUUGAUCCUCACGGACAACUAUUCGCGGUUCCUGGUAGCUAUUCCGAUGGAUAAAACUGAUACGGACGCUGUCAAACGAGCAUUGAAGAAAGUUUUCAACACAUAUUACAUCCCCAAAACUAUGAAGGCUGACAACGGUCCUCCGUUCAAUAGUGUGGAGCUGAGAACAUGGCUCAAGGAAGCAUGGGGGAUCAAGUUGAUAAAUAGUACACCUUUGAAUCCAACUGAAAAUGGGUUGGUUGAGCGAAGCAUGCAAGGCAUAAAUAAAAUCACUGUGAUUGCUAAGCUCGGCAGACUCAAUUGGAAAGAUGCGUUGGCUGACUAUGUAGCUGCUUACAACUCAUGGCCUCAUAAUGUGACGAAGGUCCCGCCAGCGGAACUGAUGUUCGGUAGAACCGUCAGAAGUUUGUUGCCGAAUCUGCGUACGGAUUACAAGAUUACAGACGAUGGGGAAUUACGCGAUCGGGAUCAAACAGCCAAGUUCAUCCGAAAUACAAGGGAAGACACGCGCCGCCAUGCUCUUGAGCCACAAAUUCGAGUCGGCGAUAAUGUAUUAGUAUUACAAACAAAAAGAGACAAAGCGGACACGCCUUACAAGAACACGAUACACAAAGUCGUACAAGUAACAGGAGGUCGAGCUACAAUAAUGGAUAUGACUACGAAAAAGUCAUAUGAUCGUAGCGUAAAGUUCUUGAAAAAGUUCGUUGAGCCUACAGCAGAUGGUACUCAUCAAGACACGUUUUCACCAGAGGAGGAGGAAUCAAGUAUGCAGGCGGGAGAAGAUCCGGCUGUUCAGCCAUCAUCUGCAGGAGAACAAUCCAUACUGGACGAUGUUGGUGCUAAUGGCAGGCCUCACACAUCAGCGUACAAUGACCAACUGCAAAGGCGGCGCAAUUGUCGAACAAUACGGAAACCUAAACGGUACAUCGAUGUGCCGUGA